UUCAACGCUAAAUCUUUUGUUUCUUUCUUUCUUCUUCUUCCCACUAAUUCACUGAAAAACACUGUUCAGCAACACUCACUCUCCUUCACCAUCAGCAAAAUCCCCAUCAAAAAACCAAAUCACACUUUUCUGUUUUUCUUUCCAAUUGGGUCAAUUUUUUUGGCUAUUGCUUAACACCCCAUUAUAUCUCUUCGCAUUUUUCUUGAAUUCAAAUCUCAAAGUUUGAGUCUUUUUCAGCUUCUUUCACUCUCUCUGAGCUAUUUGUUUGAACCUCGUUGAAGAUUCCCAGCUGGAGCACCCUUGUUUGCAUGCAUUAUUUUUAGUUUUGGGGGGUCAAAGUUUGAAGCUUUGUUUUUUUUUUUUCUUUUUCUGUUUGUGUUAUUUGAUGUGCCCCAAUUGAUGGGACUAUAAAUGGGUUCUUUAGAAUCCGGAAUCCCAUUGAAGAAAGGGAGCUUGUUCGGUAACAAUCAAGCAAACAGUAGAAAAGAGAAGCACCCUUUAUUCUUGAGGUUCAGAUCGAGCUUCUCAAGGUUGCUUUUCAAGAAGUUUGAUUACGUGCAAUGGAUUUGCACAGUGGUGGUGUUUCUGUGCCUUGUGGUUGUGUUUCAGAUGUUCCUUCCUGGCUCUGUGGUGGAAAACUCAGAGGACAAUUUGAUGAGGGAUGUGAAGAAUCUGCAUCACAAUCAUAAGGACUUAGAUAAUUUUGCAUUGGACAUUGUUGGAGAUGAUGCUGUUUUUGUGCCAAAGAUUUUGGAGAGGUUUAGAAGAGGUGGUGGUGAUGGUAGGGAAAUGAAUCUGCUCAACCAAACGGUGCGGCAUUUCGGGUGGCGAAAGCCACAGCUGGCACUGGUCUUUGGAGAACUAUUGGUGGAUUCACAGCAAUUGCUUAUGGUAACAAUUGGAGCUGCUUUAGUGGAGAUUGGUUAUGAAAUUCAGGUAUUUUCACUUAAAGAUGGACCAGCACGCUUUGCAUGGAUAAAUUUAAGAGUUCCAGUUACUGUCAUUCAAAAAUGUGACAAGUCAUAUAAUGCUAUGGACUGGCUAAACUUUAAUGGCAUAAUUGUGAGCUCUCUUGAAGCCAAGUAUGCCUUUUCUUGUUUUUUGCAGGAGCCUUUCAAGUCGUUGCCUCUUUUAUGGGUUGUUCAUGAAAAUGCACUUGCUUAUCGGUCAAGGCAAUAUGUUGCCAAUGGGCAAACUGAACUAUUGAAUGAUUGGAGCAGAGUUUUCAACCGGUCAACAGUUGUUGUCUUCCCAAACUAUGUCUUGCCGAUGAUUUACUCCACAUUUGAUGCUGGGAAUUUUUAUGUCAUUCCCGGUUCACCCGCCGAAUCAAUAGACGCAGAUGCAUAUAUGUCCUUGCAGAAAGAUGACUUGCGCAUCAAGUUGGGUUAUGGCUCAGAAGAUGUAAUUAUUGCAAUUGUGGGGAGUCAAUUGAUGUACAAGGGCAUGUGGUUGGGGCAUGCCAUUGUUUUGGAGGCUUUAUUACCUCUUCUUUCGGAUAUUCCUUUAAGCAAAGAUAAUUCAAGUGCGCAACUACGGAUCAUCGUUCAUAGCAUGGAGUUAUCAAGCAACUACAGUGUGGCGCUCGAGACCAUGGCAAGUAGCUUGAAAUAUCCAAGAGGCAUUAUAGAGUACAUAGCCGGAGAUUCAAAUGUUGAUUCUGUUCUUGGCACUUCGGAUGUUGUUAUAUAUGGUUCUUUCCUUGAAGAGCAGUCUUUUCCAGAGAUUUUAGUAAAAGCCAUGUGCUUUGAGAAACCAAUUAUCGCUCCUGAUAUUCCGAUGAUCAGAAAAUAUGUUGAUGACAGGGUAAAUGGCUAUCUUUUCCCUCUGGAUAAUAGUAAAGUUCUGAGACAAAUUAUGCUGGAAGUGAUCUCGAAAGGGAAAGUAUCACCGAUGGCUCGUAACAUUGCCUCAAUUGGAAGAAGGGCAGGAAAGAACCUUAUGGUCUCAGAAGCUAUUGAGGGAUAUGCAACUUUACUUCAGAAUAUUCUCCGGCUUCCGUCAGAGGUUGCUCCUCCUAAGGCCUUUUCGGAAAUAUCCCCCAGUGUUAAAGAACAAUGGCAGUGGCAUUUAUUUGAGGCACUUCCAAAUUUGACUUACCAAAACAGGACAUUAAUAAGUAACACGUUUUUAGAUAGAUACGAGGAGCAGUGGAAUCAUUCUCAAAAAAAUAGAUCCAUUAGUGCAGUUGCAGCUAAUGAUUUGUUUGUAUAUAGCAUAUGGGAAGAAGAAAGGAAUAUGCAGAUGGCCCUUAUGAAAAAAAGAAGAGAGGAUGAAGAGCUGAAGGAUAGAACAGAACAGUCACACGGGACAUGGGAGGAUGUAUAUAAAAGUGCUAAGAAGGCUGAUAGAUUGAAGAAUGAUUUGCAUGAAAGGGAAGAAGGAGAGCUCGAGCGGACAGGACAACCGUUAUGCAUUUACGAACCUUAUUUUGGCGAAGGAUCCUGGCCUUUUCUGCAUAAAAAAUCUCUCUAUCGAGGAGUUGGCCUGUCUAAAGGCCGAAGACCCGGUAAAGAUGAUAUCGAAGCACCAUCUCGACUUCCGCUACUUAAUAAUGGUUACUAUCGAGACAUACUUGGUGAACAUGGAGCCUUCUUUGCAAUUGCAAACAGGAUUGAUCGAAUACACAAAAAUGCUUGGAUUGGAUUUCAGUCUUGGAGAGCAACUGCAAGGAAGGCAUCAUUGUCCAAAACUGCUGAAAAUGCAUUAUUGGAUGCUAUCCAAUCCAAAAGGUAUGGAGAUGCACUAUAUUUCUGGGUACGCAUGGAUACAGAUCUGCGAAACCCUUUGAAGAAGGACUUUUGGUCAUUCUGUGAUGCCAUUAAUGCAGGAAAUUGCAAGUUCACCUUCUCGGAAGCCAUGAGGCAAAUGUAUGGGUUAAAAGACGAUAUGGAGUCUCUGCCGCCGAUGCCCGAAGAUGGUGACACCUGGUCUGUCAUGCACAGCUGGGCUUUACCUACAAGAUCUUUUCUAGAAUUUGUCAUGUUCUCUAGAAUGUUUGUUGAUGCAUUGGAUUCACAGAUGUAUGAUGAGCACCAUUUGACCGGACGGUGUCCUUUGAGUUUGUCGAAAGACAAGCAUUGUUAUUCUCGGCUUCUCGAGCUACUCGUGAAUGUCUGGGCUUACCAUAGUGCACGAAGGAUGGUAUUCAUGAACCCAGAAACCGGUCAAAUGCUGGAACAGCACAAGUUCAAGAGCCGUAGAGGUCAAAUGUGGAUCAAAUGGUUCUCAUACAGCACACUCAAGAGCAUGGAUGAGGACCUAGCCGAGUUAUCGGAGUCCGAGGACCCAAGCAGGCAUUGGUUGUGGCCGUCUACAGGCGAAGUAUUCUGGCAAGGCGUACUAGAGAGGGAGCGAAACUUGCGGCACAAGGAGAAGGAAAAGAGGAAGCAGAAGAGCAUAGAAAAACUAAACAGAAUGAGGCGGCGGAAACGGCAACAAGUAAUCGGAAAAUAUGUUAAGCCGCCACCGGAAUGGGAGGAGGAGAACUCUAAUUCAACUAUGCUUGGAGUAGAAGCAACAUGAUUCUACAAUAUUUCAAGGCUUCAAUUUUAUAAAGUAGAGACCCUGAUAUAAAAUUCUUUUCUUCUUUUUGUAAUUUUAAUAUAUCAUUCUUCUCAUUCAGCAAAAAAGGAUGCAACAAAUUGGGUAUGAAGGUUGUGUAUGGAAAAACAUGCAUAUGCAUCCUUUUUUGUUAGUCAUUGAGGCUGAUACAAUAGGGUAAUAUGUAAAGUGGCCUAAUAUUUUUUGGUUUCUUUUUCAUUUUUAGUUCCAUUCUUUUGGGGUGAUAGAUUUGUUUAGAGAAAAGUGUGGGAUGUUGUAAUCUUGAUAGCAUUUGUUCAAUCUUAAUGAAAUUAACU